GUACUGUGGACACCGCUACCAGCCAUAGCUCUGAAACAAAAACCGCCGAGGAAGAGGUGCUUGCUGGACAGAUAAAGGGAGUAUCUGCAAGCCUGGUAGCCCUCUGCUCUACAUGUCACGCCGUGGAUCUCACAGAGACCGACACUGCUAAAGUCUGCAAAGCCGGCAAAGAGCUACUUGCGUGUGUACGCAAAGACUGCGGCGAUUCACCCUCUAUUAAAGCCUUAACACCUACUCUGGAAAAAUCUACAAACACUCUGUGUAACGCAGUGGGAGUCAUAACGGUUGAGCUGUCCGUCCUGAUGAUGUCUCUGGUGUCUUUCUUCGCCUUCAAGCAUCUCUAAACACGCAUGAAAGCACGCGGAGUCUCCGAGAGAUAGAUCAGCAGCAACGUUAAAAAGACCAGCGGAUCGCCUCUACCCUCUUUGGUUUAGAUACAGCUUUAAUGUUCUUCUUUUUAACAAUAAAUAUACACUCAGUAAAAGUUAUAAUAUCAUUGUCUUUGUCAUAAGGAUAAACGGAAGAAAUGUUUUAAUAGCCUCCUCUUUCAAUAAAGAUACACUGAUGAAACGUAUUAAUAUCCUCCCUGCUUGAUAAAGAUACACUAGUGAAAGGUAUUAAUAUCCUCCUUGUUUAAUAAAGACACAUGAAUGAAACAUAUUAACAUCCUCCUUGUUUAAAAAAGAUACACUAAUGAAACGUAUUAAAACCCUCCUUGUUUAAUAAAGAUACACUAAUGAAACGUAUUAAUAUCCUCAUUGUUUAAUAAAGAUACACUAAUGAAACGUAUUAAUAUCCUCCUUGUUUAAUAAAGAUACACUAAUGAAACAUAUUAAUAUCCUCCUUGUUUAAUAAAGAUACUCUAAUGAAACGUAUUAAUAUCCUCAUUGUUUAAUAAAGAUACUCUAAUGAAAUGUAAUAAUGUCCUCA